UUCAAGAAGGUCCUGGCUGGGGAUGACUCAUUCCCUUUGAAAGGGUUUAGAUUUGGAGAUAUUUCAUUGUUUCAAGAUGCAUCGUGCUUACCAGCCAAUUUUGCCAUGUGGCAAUAAAUAUCUUCAGCAAAAGUGGGACAAAGUGACAUAUGAAGAACAUGUGAAAAAGAUCCAGAGAGCCAAACCUGUGGUAGAUACCUCUCCUCCUCCAACUUAUGGGCAUCUUCAUUUGAAAUUAAGAAAACUCAAGCUGGAAAAGGAACGUUUGUCAAUCAUUGAGAGAGACAACCAUCUGCUACUCAGGAAGAUAUCUCAUAUUAUGAGAACUACGGGAAGAAUUGAUAACAAAAAUGAAUAUGAGGCCAAAAGCUUAAACCGAAAAAUACGAGAGCAAGAAUUACUAAGAAUAACCCGAGAGAAUCGUGUCAUUCUGGAAAGGAUUACAAAGUGUCAGCCUCAAUACAAGGUCCAGAAGUGGAAUGAAGACUGGCAAAAGACUGAAUACUACACGAACAAUAUCACAAGAUACCCUCAUGGAGUGCCCAUGUUGCCAGAUCAAAAGGAACAAAAACGCAACAAGAUAGAAAAAAAGAGGCAGAAAGAGAAGCAUCUGAAAAAUGAAUGUUUGAAAGACAAACCAGAAAAAAAAGAACUAAUUGAACACAACAUCGAGUCAAGCAAGGAUCAUCACAGAGCAAAUUCAAUAUAAAAGCUGUAGUUUCAAUCCUUAUAGAGGCACAACUGACAGCAGAUAACAAAUAUUAGGCCAAGAGUAUAAACUAAACACAUGGCUUUUUUUAAAAAAAACUGUUCAUUCUAGUUACUAGAUAUGACACAUAAAAAACAAAGCCACAAUCAUCAGAAUAAUUGAAAAAUAAAUUCAAUUGAAAUUGUUGAAGAAUGCUUGGAAGAAAACAGGUUAAGUGUUUAUAUGAAGAUUAUCAGAGGUUAAGUGGUUCAGCAGUAACAAAAAUCACAGUAUCUAUAUAAAUAAAAAUGUAAUGUUUGUUUGUGGGAUUAACAUAACUCAAAAGCCACUGGGCGAAUUGACACCAAAUUUGGACACAAUACACCUAUCAGGCCAAUGAGUGACCAUCAGUCAUUAAAACACUGAAAAACACAGUGGAAGAGACUUAAAAACCAAAAAAAUAAAAUAAAAAAUACAUUACAAUGCAUGCACAAAACCACAUAUAUACCCACACAGACUGGGCCACAGCAACGCGUGGCAGGGGAUGGCUAGUUAAACAUAAAGUUGCAAGGAAAAAGACACUGAAAGCUUAUAAAUUGAUUUUCUGCUUUGAACUUUGAUUUUUAAAACAUCCAUUAAAAAAAUCUUUUGGUAUUAACCACAUUCAGUAUGACCAGAAUGUCUUUAUUUCAUAAAACAGGUCAACUUCAUGGUUUCCAUGCUCCAAUGAUAUAUAGUUUUGGUUAUCCACACAGAUUGAUCUGUAUAUAGGCUGUAUCUACACUGCCAUAUAAUCCAGUUUCUGAAUCCGGAUUAUCUGCUUUGAACUGGAUUAUAUGAGUCUACACUGCGAAAUAAUCCAAAGCAGAAAAUCUGGAUUCAGAAACUGGAUUGUAUGGCAGUGUAGAU